UUUUCCUUUUUAGAAGUCAGUUGGUUUAUGUAGCGUUUCUUUUUCAGAAAAUAGAGUUAGGUGAACUGAGAAAACACAUACAAAAAAAAUGGCAAGCUUAGUGGAGAUGAAUGAAGUUGUAUCCAUUGAGCUACCAGCUCCAACUGGUUGGAAAAAAAGGUUUCUGCCGAAGACAGGAGGGACUCCAAAGAAAAAUGAGAUUGUAUUUACUGCACCAACAGGGGAGGAGAUCACUACAAGGAGACAGUUGCAGCAGUACCUGAAGUCACACCCUGGUGGUCCGGCAAUCACGGAGUUUGACUGGGGCAGCGGUGAAACUCCACGAAGAUCCACAAGGAUCAGUGGAAAGGCAAAGGCAGCAGAAAGUGGGCCUCCGAUGAAACGAAGCAGAAAAUCUUCAGCUUCUAAGAAGGAUGUGAAAGACAAAGAAGAAACUGAGGAAGCCAAGGAUGAAAAAGAUGUUGACAUGCCAGAAGCUGAAGAACAUGAAAAGGAUACUGUGGCUAUGGAAGCUGAGAAGGAGGUCAAACAGAAACAUGAUGAGGGAAAAGAUGAAAAGAAGAAAGAUGAAACGCGUUCUGCUGAUGUUGAGGUUGUGAAGGAGAACGAAGCUGAAAAGAAAAGUGAAUGCCAAACUGAAGAUGGGAAAGCAGAUGGUGGUCCUUCCAAAGAGGCUGAGGUUGAGAAAGAUGUCAAAAUGGCAGAUCAUGCUGCUGAGAAGAAAGAUGAAAUGCAUUCUUCUGAUGUUGAUGCUGUGAAGGAGAACCAAAGUGAAGGCCAAGCAGAAGUGGCUGAGGUUGACAAAGAUGUCAAAAUGGCAGAUAAUGUUGAAGAGGCAUCGCUGGUGAAAGAGGUCCCUCUUGAGAAAGAAGCUGAUGUUCCUGAAGCUACGAAGGAUGAGGUUCCAGAAAAAGUGGAACAAAAACCGACUGAAACAGAUAAAGAAGAUCCUGGCGUUGCUGAGGAGAAGAAGCAACCGGAACAAGAACAGAGAGAUGAAAAUGCUUUGAUGAACAGCGACAUAAGCAAGGUGGAGGAAGAAGUAACUGACAACGGAGCCGAGGCUGAUGAGGCCAACCCAUGAGUAGCGACAUGGAGCCAUUCUCUCUCUGACCUUUUACUCUUGUUUCUUUUUUUUAGUGAUUGUAGUAGUUGUUGUCAAUGGUAGAUACUCUGAUUGUUCACAAGAUAUCUGUACGUAAUAUCGUAGAUUUAGGUCUUAAAAUUGCAGUCUUGGUCCUCUGGAAGAAUUUAUAGCUGAAAAUAGAUACUUGUACCAUUACAACCUUACAUCAUAGGUUAGACCUUCAGUGGACGGAAUUUGUAGGUUGCUGAAAUCCAUGUAGCAUGUUGUGACAGAACUCAGUAACUUAAGCUUGUAAUAAGUCCAUGUUCAGCUAGUGUCGACUCUUAGCAGUUUCAUGUCUCCUGGUUUCUUCUAUAAAAAUUGCAGGUUUAUGUUCA